CCUGUUUUACUUUGGCAGUCCCUCGUCAGUAUGCGUCAUGUUGUGUUCACUCCUGCCCUGUCUCGUUAUGAUUAUCAGUGUUCCCCGUGUGCGCCCACUCCCCUUGUUAACCCUCUGUGUAUUUAGGUCCGCGUCUCCCUCAGUCCUGUGUCGCGUUCUCCCUCAUGGCUGUGUUUCCCUGUGUGUUAGUUAUCCAUGUCCCAGUUUAGUUUUGUUAUAUUUUUCGUGCUAGCCUGCAAUAAAGCAGUGUUUUGAGUUCACUUUUGUCUCGGUGAGUUUUGCGUUUGGGUCCUUCUCCUGCCUGCACACAGCCGAAACAUGACAGAAGAACGCGACCCCAACAUGGACCCAGCAGCUCACAACCCCUCCGCUGAGCUCCGUGAGGAUUUACUUUACACCGUGGAAUAUCAUUGUCAAGAGUGGGUAGCGCUGCCAGGGGAAGAGUAUCGGGAGACCGUAGCCAUCCGUUUACAGCGGAUGGUGUCCGGACUCCCAUGGCUAUUCGGCGCGCUACAUCCCCACAUCCAGGACUUCCUCGUCUCCACCAUACGCAUCCGCCCGGAGCUGCCGCUCCAAUAUGAAGAGCCGGAGGACGUUCAGCCCGGUCCGCUGGAGGAUUCGCGGCCUGGCUCGUCUCCUCCCCCUUCCCGGAGAAAACGGCGUUCACGCCGCCGGCGUUUCGGAGCAGCGGAGCAGCUUUCUUCCUUUGGUGAGAGUGAUCGUGUUUCUCACGUUCCGCUCGAGCGUUCAGCUCCCAGGCUUCCUGACAUUGCACUCUCUGUGGGUAAGACUGUGCUUCCCUCUGUGGACUUUGUUAAGCCUGAAUCCGUAGAUUGUGACUCAGCAGAAUUAAAGUGUCAGAGUUUUGAGGCAGUUAACUCAGUAGCAUCUGUUUCUGUGCCUGUUGUUCCUCUGAGUAAAUCCAGUGUUAAUGAGCGAGCAAGUGAUACUUCUGUUCUGCCUAAACCUGGUAAUAUAGAGACAAUUAGCCAUGCAGCUACUCAUAGUGACUGUCUUACCUGUUCACCUGCUCUGUCACCAGAAAUCUAUGACAGGGACCAAAUGGGCUCUGUUAAGUGUUGUGUUCCACGGUCUGACCAUUUGAACUCUGUGCACCAAGCAUCUAGCUCAGUCUCCGCAAAGAAUGUUCAGGAAGCUCCUCACGAAACAACUUUUUGUGUUCUUUCCUAUGGGACUGCCACUCAAACCUGGGAAUGUGCUGUGCCUCAGCUGGUGAAUGUAAAUGGCGACAGAGUGCCACCUGCCAUAGUUAAACUAGCUAAAAGGUUUGGACUGAGUGCUUCAGAACUACUGAAUCAGGUUGAGUUUUGUGUUCCGCAGUCAUUCAUAGGUAAACCAGCUCACCAUGCCUGUGUGCCAGUCCCUGUUAACACUGAGUUUACACCUCAAAAGACUGUGGUUGAAAUUGUUACACCUCUGGACUAUGCAGCCCACCAGCCAGUUCAUUCUGAGUUGGUCUGUGAAGAUGCACCUGCUUCUGUAAUCACCCAUUCUGAGCCGAGAGUUACUGACCCAGAGUUUGCUAAGCCUGAAUCUGUCCCCAUAAUGACUGUGUUAAAGGCUGCUACUUAUGACAUGGACAACUUAUGUACAGAGUUGCUGGAACCAGCCCACCAUAAGUCAUGGUUUGCUGAAACUGCAUUUGGUACCAUUAACCUGGUCUACCCAGUGACUGUUACUGUUCCUGUGCUUCGCUCUCCACCUCCAGUUCCUGUUUCCAGGGCAGCUCGGGCCCAGCUUUCCCUUGCACCCAUAUCAGUUCCUCGGGUGAGGGUGGCUGAGGUCCAGCUGGUCCCUGCUUCUGUCUCCAGCCUGGCAGAGGCUCCGUCCAUCCCGGCACCUGUACCUGCUCCUCGGGUGGGGUUGAUGGACACCCAGCCGUUGCCUGCACCUGUUCCGGCUCCCCGGGUGAGGUCAGCUGUGACCCUGCCGACUCCUGCAGCAGAGGAUGGUGGGGAUGAUGGGGCUGCCAUGUUUCGUUUUAGCUUAAAAACAUUACACCAGUCUGAAGAGGGAGAGAGGAAAGAGGGGAACGUGAGGAGAAAGUACAAGGUCAGGAAGAACCAGCUCCUCGUUUAGAUCUCCGUGGACCUGCACCUAGUGAUGGUGAGAUGAAGCCUCGUGAUGAAUUGAAGCUUUCCAUCCAACUGGUCGACUCAUGGUUCGAAGCAUUCUGAUGAUUCAUUUGCUCUACUGCGCCACCAAGUGGACAAGUCAAAUGAAACAGGCUCAAUGAUUAUAAUGAUGUGAUGUGUAAACCUCUAAACUGAAUAAAUAAAUUGUUUUCAUGGUUAUUUAUCACGAAUAUUGUCUCAGUAUGUCUGAUACAAAACAGAAAGUGGAAACUAUCAGGACAGAGUUUUGGUAUGAUUGUGUAACUGUGUAAUCAUGUUUAUGUACAUCUGGAUAAUGACACAAACUAGUGUGUGGCGCUUUACUUUUUAAUAAACUAAAAGACAGAAAUCAGAUUAUAGGAUCUGUAGUGUUG